AUGUCAGUUCCUCAUCGCGCCCGAGCUCGUAUUGAUCACCUCCACCUUUACAACUUUAAAUCCUUCUCAGAGGAUCACGAUAUUGGCCCUUUCUUAGACUUCACUGCUAUUAUAGGCCCAAAUGGCGGCGGCAAAAGCAACAUAAUGGACGCUAUAAGCUUCGUCCUUGGAGUGCGUUCAGCUGAUCUUCGUGCAACCAAUCUCAAAGAGCUUGUCUAUCGUAAAGAGAACGAAAAAGUUAGUGACAACUGUCGUUCAACCUAUGUAGAGCUUUAUUUUUAUACUGAAGAGGAUGAACAAAUCAUUUUUAAACGCACAAUUUCACCAACUGGAAUUAGUGAAUAUUUCAUAAAUGAAAACAAGCAAGCAAGUGAUGCUUAUCAGGAGACCCUUCAGAGAUUCAAUAUUUUAGUCAAAGCCAGAAACUUUUUGAUUUUCCAAGGCCAAGUGGACUCUCUAGCUAUGAAGAGCGGGAAAGAACUCACUGCCCUAUUUGAAAAGAUUUCAGGAUCUGACGACUAUAAAGCAGCCUAUGAAGAAAGCAAGGCACAGAUGGAAAGCUGCGAAGAAAAUAUGAAAACGAUUUCUAAUAAAUUGACAUAUCUGACUAAUGAAAAAAAGAAAUUAAAAGAGCAAAAAUCCCAUGCAAAAGACUAUGAGAACCUAAUUAAUAAAGUCAAAGCUCUGCAAGUCACAUACCAGCUACUGCAGUUUUCUAUAUUAGAAAGAGAAAUUGCAGGCAAAAAUAAACAAGUUGAUGGUAAAAAGAAAGGACUUGAAGAUGCAAGAAUAAAAAAAGAAAAAUCUGCUGUUGGAUUGAGAGAAAGUGGAAAUAAUUUUAAACAAUAUGAACAAGAGCUUAUGAACGUCAUUGAUGAUUUGGCCAAUAAAAAUAACUUGAUUUUAAUAAAAAAGCCUGAGCUAAACAAGCUGAAAGAGAACUUAAAGCAAUUCCAAUUACGCAUUCAAGCCAAAGAAGACAGCCUGGAGCAGCUAAAGACCAAUUUAGACAACAGCAAAAAGAGGUCCGAGCAAAUGAAAAAUGAAUUAAUCAUUUUUGAUGAAGAAAUCCAAAAGAAAUUGCAUGAGCAAAUUCAAGAACUCAAGGUCGAUUUAGAUGAAACCCAAAAAGAAAGAUACAUGCAGCUCAAAAAAGAAGCAGGACUAAGAUCUUUUAUGGAGAAAAAAGAGCUGGAAAGGGUCAAACGAGAACUCGGCUCUAAAGAAAUGAAUUUUUCUUAUUUGAAGCAAAGUCACAAUGCUAAACUCGAAGAAAAGAGUAAAUUAGAUGAAGAUAUUUCUGGCCUUGAGCAGCAGCUCAAUAGAAAAAAUGACGAAAAAUCGCGCUUUGAAGAAGUUAGGAGUGAUACACUCAACGAGAUUAAGAAAGCGACCAUGAAAAAUGAAAAGGAUAAAGAAAGAGAGUUGGAGCUUGUAGAAAGGCUUAGAAUGCUGGAAGGAAAAGUUAGAGAAUAUGAGACAGUAAGCUUAGUUAAGAAAGAAAAAGAAAAAGAGAAAACAAUUGUGGCAGACAUGAUGAGGCAAAAUAAAAAGGUUCGAGGUUUCUUUAGAGAUCUUGUAGUGCCUAUCCAACCUCGUUACUCGAUGGCUGUUGAAGCUAGCUUAGGAAGUAUCCUCGAUUACUUACUUCCCCUUCAGUGAGCGAACAAAAAAUUUUUUGUUCUUCAAGUGGGAUAUUUUUUUAAAAAAAUUUAUAAAAUAAAUUUUAGGGUAAUUUUUUUUUUCAUAAAAUCCCAAUUCGAAUAAUGUUAAGGGAAAAAUUAAUUUAAUUUGUAAAAUUUAUGUUUUAAAAACACAAGCUGUUUAAAAUUAAACAAAAUCAGCUAGAGAUUCAAUAUAAUAAUUAUCACUUAUAUAUAAAAAUAUUUUUUUAAUAAAAAAUUGUUUUAUUCGCUCGCCGAUGUAGGUUUUACUCCAAAAAUAGGCCACGCUCAUGGAGGAAGAGUUAGUAGUAGAAGAUGCUGAAACUGCUGCUUUUGUCCAUACAAAGCUAAAAGAAAAUUCGUUACUGAAAGAUAUCGUGGUUCUUGAAAAUGUUCCUGAAGGCCAAGUCAAUGAAAGUUUACGUCACCAAGUGUCAAAUCUUGGGACUUUGCUGCCUGACAUCUUGACUUAUGAUAGAAAUUACGGCCUUGAUAAAGCAGUCCUUGCAUUUGCAGGCUCCCGUGUAGUCGCUGAAGAUAUAAAUAAAGCUGAAUCUUUAAGAAGAGUCAAAGGGAUUCGGCAAGUGGUCACAAUAGACGGAGUUACCAUAAAAAAUGGAAUGAUCAGUUCAGCUCCUUCCAAAAAGCGUUUUGAAAAAGGCUCACAAAAGCUCGACAUCCUAGUAAAAGAAACUGAAGACAUAAGGGCCCAACUUCAUGAUCUACAACAAAGCUUGAGAGGAGAAAAUACACUUGCUAAUUUGAAGCAAAAUCUAGUAGAAUACGAAAAUAAAAUUGCUUCAAUCGAUAAUGAAAUUGCAGGGAUGAGCGAAAAAAUGCAAAAUCUGAUGGGAAAUAGAAAGGAUUUGAUUAAAGAUACCAAAGCUAUUGAAAACCAAUUGAAUUUGCUACAGAGGCAAAUUUCUACACAAAAAGACCAGCUUUUCGCAAUCGAGUCAUCAAUUUCUUCAAUUGAAGAUUCUGUAUUUAGCGACUUUUGUAGAGAGCUUGGCAUCGAAAAUAUCAAGUCGUUAGAAGGAAAAGGCCUUGAGGAAGCCAACAAGCUGCAAGAGGAAAUCAAUCGCCUUCGCCAAGAAUACAGCAAAGUAGAAUGGCAAUUAUCCUCUUUAAACCUUGAGUCCUCAGAAGAAGCAGUCUCCCGUAUGAAAAGCUCAAUCGCUAAAGACAAAUCUGAGCUAACCAAAAUAAAUGAUCGCUAUCAAGAGCUUGACAAAGAACUUAACAAGUUAAAAGAUGCCCAAGCCCAGCUAAAAUCAUCAGAGGACAAGCUUAAAGAAGAAAUCCAACGUAUGAAGGAUCUUCUGACGUCGCAACAAGACAAAUUUGAUAAGACAUUAAAAGCUUGCUCUAUAUUAGAAAAAGAUCUGUCUAAUGAGGAAAGAGAGCUAGAGCAUUUAUAUCUUAUCUUAUUAAGUCUAUAUUGUUAACUACUCCUACGGGGUUGCACGCCUUUUUACCACUGUCGUCGCUCUGGGUUUCAAUUUUCUCGCCAGGAAGGACUUUCGAGGUGAUUCUGGAAAGUUGCUGCUUUGAAGGUUUUCCCUGACCUCGCACUACCAUAUUCGACUUGACUGUGCUCCAGCUGAGGUCAACCCUUCUCGGGCUAAUUCGAGCAGAAAAAUACUAUGCCUUCCACUUCCCUAGCACCAGAAGUCCGCUCAUAGUAUGGCUCGCCGGAAUAGGCGGGAUAGGAUUCAUCGUGAAAACUGAGCAUCAUAAUCUAAACAUUGCUUAAUGAAAAAUAAUUACGGAGGUAAUUAGUUUCGGCAAAAUGCCUUAUUUUUAUUAUCGAAUAUUUAUAUCAGCAGAAACAGCAGAGAAUUGAAGAAUUUCAAAUGAAAAAUUUAGAUGUGCCAUUGAGAAGGACUGAUGAUGACACACCUGAUAUUGACUUUUCUGGACUGGAUGUAAAAUAUGUGAGAAUGAGCUCUGAGCAGCUUGAUAAAGAGUCAGAAAGUAUUGCGAGUUUGAUUGAAAAAGAAAGCAAAAAUCUGGAGCAGCUAGCUUCAUCAGGGAAAUGCACGUUUAAUCAAGAUAAACUAGAAGACUUAGAAAGAAAAGAAGAAGAAACUACAAAGCAACUAGAAGACUUCAAUAGACUUCUAAAUGAUGCUAAAGCAAAUUUCCAAGAAAUCAAGGAAAAAAGAAGGUUUUGCUUUAUGAACAUGUUUAACUCGGUGGAAGGAGCAAUCAAUAGGAUUUACAAAGAAAUGACAAAGAGCUCUAAAAAUAACUAUUAUGGAGGAAGCGCUUUAUUAUAUGUUGAAGACAGUGAUGAGCCUUACAAUGGAGGCGUUGUAUAUUCCCCGACUCCACCUGGAAAGCGAUGCAUGUAUGAAAUGGAGCAGCUCUCUGGAGGCGAAAAAACGAUUGCUGCCUUAUCCCUGCUAUUUGCGGUCCAUUCUGCUAUGCCAUCACCUUUCUAUAUUUUGGAUGAGAUUGAUGCUUUUCUUGACUUUGAUAACUGUCAAUUGCUGCUGAACUAUUUGCAAAAAGUCGCUGAAGAAAAUUCUCAGUGCAUCAUUAUUACACAUAAAGAAGAUUUUUUCUCAAAUUCGGAUUCAUUGAUUGGAACAACAUUCCUCCCCUUGGAAAGCACUUCAAAGUCAUUUUCACUAGAUAUGAGAGGAUAUGGGCCAAAGCAGAUGGCUGCAAUUUAA